AUGUCGUCUUCGUCUGUUGAGAUGAAUGAGCAAAAGCCGGAUUCGUCUGUGUCUCAAGAUGAUUUGGUAUCCGAUAGACAAAAUGACGUACUUCCAUUCGAGCAACCAGAGGAUGAUGAGUCCAGAAUUGAGCUGCAUUCUUUGGCAAGAGAACAAACACUCCUUGAGAGAGUUCAAACUUCUUAUUCCUUUUUCAACGAAAAGUUGAGAUCUCAAAGAUUUGAAAUGAUGAUGCAUAUACUUCUUAUCUACCUUGUUAUGGCGACCUGUCUUUUGAGUAUAUUUUCCAUUUAUUGGGGUUCAAUGUAUAAAAGAGAGACAAGAAUGAAGAAUCUCAAAAUGCUUGUUGUGAUUGAAGACGAUCAUACCAUUGGCGACGUCAAGCCAUGGAUUGGCGAUGAAAUAAAGAGCAUUGUUAGGUCGCCUGACGCAAAGUCUAUAGGUGACUGGCAUGUCUAUAAUUCAAGUGAGUUCCACGAACUUGCAGAAAAGCAUGAUAAUAACAUUGAGCAGGAACUCGCGAGACAAAUCCAUCAUCAGAAAUUUUGGUCUUCAAUAUAUGUGAAGCCAAACGCAACUUACAACCUAUAUAAAGCGAUGCUUGACAAUGAUUCUCAUUAUAAUGUUACAAAUGGUUCAAUCAUAUCUGUUUAUGAAACAGGGAGAGAUUUCUUAAAUAUGAAUAGUUACGUCACUCCGGCUAUUCUCAGAAUACAAACUAUUUGGCAAAUUGAGAGUGCCGCCAAACAAAAAGUCUUCGAUUUGCUACCUAAUAAGACCCUGGUUUUGAACCAAGAAGCAUCGAUGGCACUUUUGACUUCGAUGCCGCAAUUUGCGAUGUAUGAUAAUGCCCCAUUUAUGGACCUUGUUCUAGUUGCUCCCUCACAAGUUGGUUUAAUUUAUUUGAUUAUCGUCACAUUUUUUCAAUUUAAUUUCUUCCAAGACCUCAACCAAAAGGUUGCGAAGUACAAGCUCAAGAAACUUCAUUACGUGCUUUACAGGAUCAUAGUGAGUGUACUCUCGUUUUUCGUCUUAAGUUUGUUUUAUUCUUUCGUCUCGUUGGCGAUGCAAGUAGACUUCCAGAAAGCGUUUGGUCGCUCAGGUUUUUUGGUCUACUGGAUGACUUCCUUUCUAACUAUGUGGUCUGUCGGUUUAUUAAAUGAAAUAAUGGCUCUAGUUUUAAUUAUGAUUUAUCCUCCUUUAAUUGGCUUUUGGAUGUUAUUUUGGGUCAUUAUUAAUAUCUCACCUACUUUCACUCCUUUGGCCCUAAGCCCAAAAUUCUUCAGGUAUGGAUAUGGCUUGCCAAUUCACAAUUCUUAUGAAAUCACUAAAGUCAUAUUUUUCAACACUUACAAGGGUCAGUUGGGCAGAAACUAUGGUAUUCUAGUUGCUUGGAUCGUACUUGAAAUGCUUUGCUAUCCUUUUGUGCUCAAGAGGUUUGGUCAAGUCAUGGCUAAAAAGGCUCAAAAGGCAGCACAGGCACAAGAGAAGUAA